AUGAGUGCUGCAACUUUUAGUUCUACCUGCUUCUUAAAGGGUAGUGAAUUGAAAGUUUCAAACUUGAAGAAGAAAUAUGGAAAUUGCAAGCUACGCGUUGGUGGGUCUACUGCAUUGUCCACAAAAAGAUUGCAGAUUUCAAAUUCUAAGCAGGAGAAGCAAGUUCGUGUUGCCCUUCUUGGCGCCAGUGGCUAUACUGGUGCAGAGAUUAUUAGACUUCUUGCAAACCAUCCAUACUUUGGCAUUACUGUGAUGACAGCUGAUAGAAAUGCUGGGAAGUCAAUGGAUUCAGUAUUUCCUCAUUUCAUCACACAAGAGGAUUUGCCAGUUUUGGUUUCUACGAGUGAUGCAGAUUUUUCUGAUGUUGAUGCCGUUUUCUGUUGCCUGCCUCAUGGAACAACACAGGAAAUCAUCAAAGGUCUUCCCAAGGGAUUAAAGAUUGUUGAUCUUUCUGCGGACUUCCGAUUACAAGAUAUUUCGGAGUAUGAACAAUGGUAUGGCCAGCCUCACAGAGCACCUGAUUUGCAGGAAGAAGCUGUUUAUGGUUUGACAGAAAUUUUGAGGGAGGAAAUAAAAAGUGCACGUCUUGUUGCUAAUCCUGGUUGUUAUCCAACAUCAAUUCAGCUUCCUUUAGUUCCAUUGAUAAAGGCUAAUCUCAUUGAACAUAAAAAUAUCAUCAUUGAUGCAAAAUCUGGUGUGAGUGGAGCAGGACGAGGUGCUAAGGUGGCAAAUUUGUACACUGAAUUAACUGAAGGCAUCAUGUCGUAUGGUGUUACAAAGCAUCGUCAUGUUCCAGAAAUUGAACAGGGGUUAUCUAAUGCUGCACAUUCUAAAGUAACCAUCAGUUUCACUCCGCACUUAAUGCCAAUGAGCCGUGGUAUGCAAUCAUCUAUCUAUGUGGAAAUGGCUUCAGGGGUGACAACUGAGGAUUUAUACCAGCAAUUGAAAGUUUCUUACCAGGAUGAAGAAUUUGUAAAAUUGUUGGAAAAAGGAGUUGUUCCUCGCACUCAUGAUGUUCGAGGCUCUAAUUAUUGUUAUAUGAAUGUAUUUCCUGAUCGAAUUCCUGGCAGAGCAAUAAUUAUAUCAGUUAUUGAUAAUCUUGUGAAGGGAGCUUCUGGUCAAGCUCUACAAAAUCUAAACAUAAUGAUGGGAUUUCCAGAAAAUACUGGGCUUGGUUACCUGCCAUUGUUUCCUUGA